GUUGCGCGCCCCGGGCCGGAAGUCGGCGAGUUCCCGGGUGUGUGUCUGUGUCUGUCUGUGUCUCGAAGCGGCGCGCGGCCCGGGACAAACGCUGGGGAAUCCCAUCUGAGGCGUCACCACUGUCACUACCAUCACCCACGGAGCCACUUCUAGAGGGGAGUAGACCCGGCGCUUCGCCGGGCAGAGAAGAUGUUGCCCCUGUCCAUCAAGGACGAUGAAUACAAACCACCCAAGUUCAAUCUGUUCGGCAAGAUUUCGGGCUGGUUUAGGUCUAUCCUGUCGGACAAGACGUCCCGGAACCUGUUUUUCUUCCUGUGCCUGAACCUCUCUUUCGCUUUUGUUGAAUUACUCUACGGCAUCUGGAGCAACUGCUUAGGCUUGAUUUCCGACUCUUUUCACAUGUUUUUCGAUAGCACUGCCAUUUUGGCUGGAUUGGCAGCGUCUGUUAUUUCAAAAUGGAGAGAUAAUGAUGCUUUCUCUUAUGGGUAUGUUAGAGCGGAAGUUCUGGCUGGCUUUGUCAAUGGCCUAUUUUUGAUCUUCACUGCUUUUUUUAUUUUCUCAGAAGGAGUUGAGAGAGCAUUAGCCCCUCCUGAUGUACACCAUGAGAGACUGCUUCUUGUUUCAAUUCUUGGGUUUGUGGUAAACCUAGUAGGAAUAUUUGUUUUCAAGCAUGGAGGUCAUGGACAUUCUCAUGGCUCUGGCCAUGGACACAGUCAUUCCCUUUUUAAUGGUGUUCUGGAUCAGGCACAUGGCCAUGGAGAUCAUUGCCACAGUCAUGAACUGAAACAUGGUGCUGCACAUAGUCAUGAUCAUGCUCAUGGACAUGGACACUUUCAUUCUCAUGAUGGUCCCUCCUUAAAAGAAACAGCAGGACCCAGCAGACAGAUUUUACAAGGUGUAUUUUUACACAUUCUGGCAGAUACACUUGGAAGUAUUGGUGUAAUUGCCUCUGCCAUCAUGAUGCAAAAUUUUGGUCUAAUGAUAGCAGAUCCUAUUUGUUCGAUCCUGAUAGCCAUGCUUAUAGUUGUAAGUGUUAUUCCUCUUUUAAGAGAGUCUGUUGGAAUAUUAAUGCAGAGAACUCCUCCGGUGUUAGAAAAUGCUCUGCCUCAGUGCUACCAGAGGGUGCAGCAGUUGCAAGGAGUUUACAGUUUACAAGAACAGCACUUCUGGACCUUAUGUUCUGAUGUUUAUGUUGGGACCUUGAAAUUAGUAGUAGCCCCUGAUGCUGAUGCCAGGUGGAUUUUAAGCCAAACACAUAAUAUUUUUACUCAGGCUGGAGUGAGACAGCUUUAUGUACAGAUUGACUUCGCGGCCAUGUAACGAAUGAAAAGAAAUUAUCCUUUUUGGGGGACCUAAUAUUUCCGAUGAGAACACUGAAGCCCAGAAAUGCUGUCAUUUACUCACAGUCGCAGAGAUAAUUAGUGGCAAAGCCAAGACUAGAGUCCAGGUCUUGUGACUCCAGGUCAAGUUCUUUCUCCUCUACUGUGCUGCCUGCCUCUCCAGUGUAAUAUUUGCCUUUCUGUAAAUGUGAUGAAAAAGCAUUUGUAAAUAAAGGAAAGCUGACCUCCAUUUUUGGUACAUUAAGGCACUUUAUAAAUGGAGUUUUAUUGUCUUAUUUUUCAUAAGUAAUUAUGAGGUUUAGAAUAUUAUUUCCAUACUUCCA